AUGUUAGCUUCAAUCAAAACGGUGGAAACAGGAACAAGGGAAGAAAUACUUGAGCACUUAUCCAAAAAAGAGUUCUUUGAACAUGAUUCAGACAACAACACCCUUCUACAUUAUGCGUGUUUGGCUGGAAAUCUUAGCGCAGUUAAAGUUCUUAUUGAAGUAGGAUUUUAUGUCAACGCAAAUAAUGUCGAUGGGCACACACCCCUCUGUGACGCUGCAGCUAAUGGAUCAGAAGAAAUUAUCAAAGCGUUACUUAGAGGUGGUGCGAAUGUCAAUCCACCUUCUUAUUGGGGAUCCCCAUUGAUGUAUGCUAUUAAAAACGGACAUUAUGGUGCCAUGACAAUUCUAGUUGAUGCCGGCGCAGACGUCAACGCAUGUGAUCGUCAGGGUUACUGUCCGAUUCAUGUUACAGUUAGAAACAGGUUUUAUAAGGCUGUUGAGUAUCUGCUUAUGGCAGGUGCCGACCCUAACAAAUGUUGUAAACUCACAACCGCUCUGCAUAUUGCUGCUGGACUACGCGAUUUAAAGUUGGUUCAACUCCUACUUAUUCAUGGCGCAAAUGCGUCCCUUGUUAAUUCCCAUGGACGCAGACCCAUCGAUUUGGUUGAAAAGGAUACCUCUCUAUAUCACCUUCUUAACACCUUCACCGUGGCAAUUUAA